UGUAAGAAUCUAAUGCCCGUAGUAGUACAACACUGUGCUGUGCAGUACAACAAAUUGUCGAAGUGCUUUUCUGCAGCGGACGUCGGGCGUUUUAUUCAUAUUCUCUCUGAUCGUGAGUGUGAGUAAUUUACCGCUAAAAUCCGCGCCUAAUUCCGUUUUUCGCCCGUCGAAGCGGUAAACGUUUAUUGCGCACACGCACAAUCUAAUUGUAGUCGUAAAUCGGUCCGAAAUGGCAUCGGGAGUAACCGUAGCGGAUGCGUGCAAAAAGGUCUACGAGGAGAUCAAAAAGGACAAGAAGCACAGGUACGUGGUGUUUCACAUCAAGGAUGAGAAGCAGAUCGACAUCGAAGUGAUCGGCGAGCGCAACUCUACUUACGACUCGUUCCUAGAAGACCUACAAAAGGCCGGCCCGCAAGAAUGCCGUUACGGUCUGUUUGACUUCGAGUACACUCACCAGUGUCAGGGUACGUCCGAGAGCUCAAAGAAGCAAAAGCUCUUUUUACUUUGCUGGUGCCCAGACACUGCUAAAGUCAAGAAGAAGAUGGUCUACUCAUCCAGCUACGACGCGCUCAAGAAGUCACUGGUUGGCGUACACAAGGCGUUCCAGGCUACUGACCAUUCGGAAGCUUCCCAAGAAGUCAUCGAGGAGAAGCUCAGGUCCACCGACAGACAGUAAAAAUAAUUCAACAAACAAUUUAUAUACAACAAUACGCAUAUGAUAAUAUGUAUAUUUAUAAAACAAAGUUUU